AUGAAGAGCUUGAUGCUGGGCGCAUUUGCGUCUUUGGGACUGCUCUCCCAGGCAUCCGCCCACUACUUUUUCCCUUACUUCAUCGCCAACGGAAACUUCACUGGCUACUACGAGUACGUCCGCGAAGAUACGCAGAAUUACAUGCCCGUGAAAGACGAGUACACCGAAGACCUCAUGCGUUGCAACACUGGCUCCCAGCAAUACGCCAACGCGACAGGCACCUACAAAGUCAAGGCCGGGGACACCAUUGGAUUUGGAGUCGAUUUCGGCGCGACGAUCGAACAUCCUGGUCCCCUGCAGGUCUAUCUCUCCAAAUCACCAACCGGCACGGAAGUCAAGGACUACGACGGCUCGGGUGACUGGUUCAAGAUCUACGAGCUCGGUCCGAACGGGUUCGGCUCGGAUGGUAUCACUUGGGGCGUUACGGGUAUUGGGAACUUUACCUUUAUGCUCCCCGUUGAGGUUCCGGCUGGUCAGUACCUUGUGCGGAUUGAGCAUAUCGCUCUGCAUGGUGCGGGAACCUACGGCAAUGCCGAGUUCUAUUUCAACUGUGCGCAAAUUGAGGUCGAGAGCGAUAUUGUUGCGUCCCCUGGUCCCACCGUGAAGAUCCCCGGUCUCUACACUGGCUAUGAGCCUGGAAUUUUGUUCUAUAUGUAUCGGGACUGGAUCGUGAAUUAUACUAUGCCUGGUCCGCGGCCGUUCCCCGACCUGGCGUAUCCGAAUGUUACAGCUUCAGGCGUGAGUGUAUGUCCUAGUGCUACGUCGUGGACUUUGCCGGCUGUUACACGAUAUCCCUCUUCUUCGUUGACUCAAGCUAUCGCUUCUUCAUCGGUCACUGCUUCUUCUUCGGUCACUACUUCGUUACUCGCUACCUCUUCGUUGGCCCCGAUUCCGUUGACCACCACGACUCCGUUGACCACUAUUUUAUCUGUCGCUGCCUCUUCUUCUUCCAUCACUUUUUCACUCUCUGCUACUGCUUCUACUUCGACUACUCUGGAUGAAACAUCUUCGACACCUCUGGUUUUGACAACACAGGCUGUGACUGCUCCACCUAUGAGCGACCAGAUUGUGGUGACAGAAACAGUUACUGUACAAGCUACGGGUAUUGCCGCUUGUCCUGCCAUGCACGAUGGCAAUCAAUAUAUGUGA